CUCGCACUCUGCCUGUCCGUCACACGUUGUGUACACUGGUACGGCGGGAGGCCUGACCCCCCACGAACCGGCGACUUCCUCUUUUUCAGAUUUCAUGGCGAUCGGGAGAGAGGGAAGACCACCGAAGCACGCACACUGUCUCAAUCCAACCGAAAUACAAUUAUUUAGUGAGAUCUAAGCAGACAGACACUGAAAGGAUUCUCCUGCUGGUGUUGCUCAGUGGGCAGUAGUGGUUUCUAGUGCUGGUGUUCUGUUGAAGGGGCUCCUUAGCGCUCUGUGCUGUUGUCUUGCUGUGUCCUGGGUUAGGACUGCCAGCCUAUGGCUCUAAUGGACAAACACAAAGUAAAGCGACAAAGACUUGACCGCAUUUGUGAGGGCAUCCGCCCCCCCAUCCUGAACGGGCCCAUGCACCCUCGGCCCCUGGUGGCCCUGUUGGACGGGCGUGACUGCACCAUAGAGAUGCCCAUCCUCAAGGAUGUGGCCACUGUGGCCUUCUGUGAUGCCCAGUCCACCCAGGAGAUACACGAGAAGGUGCUGAACGAGGCAGUGGGGGCUCUGCUCUACCACACCAUCACCCUCUCCAGAGACGACCUGGAUAAGUUCAAAGGCCUCCGAGUCAUUGUCAGGAUCGGCAGUGGCUUCGACAAUGUCGACAUCAAAGCUGCAGCUGAGCUGGGCAUCGCAGUGUGUAACGUGCCAGCGUGCUCGGUGGAGGAGACGGCCGACACGUCCAUGUGUCUGAUCCUGAACCUGUACCGCCGCGUCACCUGGAUGCAUCAGGCCCUGAGGGAGGGCACCAGGGCCUCCAGCGUGGAGCAGAUCAGGGAGGUGGCCGGGGGAGCUGCCCGCAUCCGGGGGGAGACGCUGGGCAUCAUCGGCCUGGGUCGUGUGGGCCAGGCGGUGGCUCUGCGGGCCAAGGCGUUUGGUUUCGGGGUGAUCUUCUACGACCCCUACCUGCCUGACGGAGUGGAGCGCUCCCUGGGUCUGCAGAGGAUGACUACGCUCCAAGACCUGCUCAUCCACUCUGACUGUGUCUCUCUACACUGCAGCCUCAAUGAACACAACCACCACCUCAUCAACGACUUCACCAUCAAACAGAUGCGCCAGGGAGCAUUCCUGGUGAACUCUGCGCGGGGAGGGCUGGUGGAUGAGAAGGCUCUGGCUCAGGCCCUGAAGGAAGGACGGAUACGAGGAGCUGCACUAGACGUUCACGAGACCGAGCCCUUCAGUUUCUCCCAGGGCCCCCUGAAGGAUGCUCCCAACCUCAUCUGUACCCCCCACACGUCCUGGUACAGUGAGCAGGCCUCCAUCGAGGCCAGAGAGGAGGCUGCCAGGGAGGUGCGCCGUGCCAUCACUGGGCGUAUCCCAGACAGUCUGAAGAACUGUGUGAAUAAGGAAUAUCUGAUGGCAGCGUCCCAGUGGCCCAGUAUGGAGGCUGCAACAGUCCACCCUGAACUCAACGGAGGCGGUGCAUACAGGUUUCCUGUGGGUCUGAUCAGCGUAGCAGCAGGGGGUCUGACGGGGGCGGGAGCAGGGGUAGAGGCCCUGGCUCACGCCAUCGCCCCUGUGUCCCACCCCCCCCACACCUCAUCGCCAGGGCAACCCAGCAAGGCAGAGGCAGACAGAGACAUCCCCUCUGACCAAUAGCACCCCAACAUUCCUCCGUCACCCCUGGAAACCAACAACCCCACCCUCUCCUCCCACCAUCAUCAUCACCACCAACCCUCCUCUCCGACCUCAGGCAGAUUGACACUGGGGUUCCGGUUUGAACCGGUUCGAUCUGGAUCUGUUCAAGCGCCAGUCCUUCAGAACACAGUACCAGCCCAGGAGUGACCUGCCGUCCACAAAAUCCCCCUCCUCCGUAACCCUUCCUCGGACCCACUCAACCCCCCAUGGACCCCUAUCUCCCCUCUAUCCAUAUUCCCCCCACAACAACAAACCUUCAGCAAUAACUCUCUUCUCAAGUAUUCAAUUGGAUUGGUAUUUUCAUCUUUUUUUAAAUUCUUUUGAGGAAAAACAAAACAUUUAGUUAUUGUUUUGAGUAGCAUUUCUCCAGCAAAGCUGGACCGAGAGUCUGGCUGUUAUGAUCCGUGAGAGAGGCGUGAAGGGUUGGCCCGGCGUACAUUAGUGGCUUUCUGAUGUUACUGCAAUCCUUUCUCUUACGCCUCCCUCUCUCUCUCUCUCUCGCUCUCUCUCUCUCUCUCGCUCUCUCAUAUUUUAGAAAAUGUGUACAAAAGUAAGACACAUAACACAUCGGGCUUCUAUUGUCCCGAUUAUUCCUAGCCUGAUCCUAGAUCUCUAUCUAGCUAGCUUUAGCCAAGUCAGCUAAAGCACAUACAGAUAUGGGUCCAGGCUACCUGAUUCCCUGUCUGUUGGCUAGUGUAGGGAUGAAUAAUGUCAGUGAAGAGCUGAAACCUUAGCAAAGCGUGUUACGUCUCCUCUGUCGCUACAGGGCUGUGUUAAACCCUGUGAGUCCUGUCUCUUCUCCUCAAGAUGGUGAACCCUCUCCUUUGGCAGGCGACAAUUCUCUUUCCUGCUUUUAUAUCCCCUUUUGGUGGUCUUAACAGCCGAGCUCCUUUUGUUCCAGCGCCAGUCACUUCCUGUUGAAAGGUCAGGUGGAUGUCGUCCUAUGUUGUGCUCUGUGUCGUCACUCAACAGGCCCUUGCCCACGACGUGGUCUUAAACUCAGCAACAGUUAUGGGAAAUGUUUAUUCUGUAAAGGCUGUCCCCUGAACCGGUGUGUAGCUUCAAGAUCACGUGAGAACAGUUUCAUAUCAGUAGGAUUGUGGCCCCCCCAAAAAAAAAGUCAAACUAUUGUUCAAGGGCCUUUUUGUUUCUCAGAGGCACUUAGCACCAAGUACACACGGACACACACAGCGAGCUUGCAACAUUGUUAGCAGCACAGGUCAGCUGUGUAGGACUGAGGUUUGGCCAGCAGGGGGUACCACUGCCAUCUGAAUGCUCAGUCUGCAGGCUGUGCUCCGAGAGAGGGGCAGUGAUUUGGCUGCAGCGCUGAGCUGCGUGUAACCAGCCUGACAGCUACCCCUGGGUUUUCGUAACGCGUCCACACGAAGCAGUCAGCCGCAGGGAAAGUGAAGUACAACUCUUUUGCCGUGAUGUCAUUAAUUACCUGCUGACUUCCAAAGACAACCAGGACGGGUGACAAGGCAAGGACUCACUGUCUUUCUCUCUCUCUCUCUCUCUCUCCCAGACCUCUCCGAUCUUUUAUCGCAGUCCAUCCACCCAACCUCUCUCUCUCUCACACCCCAUCCAGCCCUUGAAGAACUCUGCUCUCCACUAGUGCUUUAUCAGCAAGUGUGGAUCGACCCAUCCCUUUAAGAAUGGGCAGUGUAGCCAGCGAGUUGAUUCAACCAUCCCUUUAAGAAGACGGAGAUUCACCGUUCCCGUUAAGGCCAAAGGGAGUGUGUGUGGAGUCUUUAUUCUUACAUGAUCAUAGUGGCUUUUCAAAGGCGACCGUGUUGUCUGCAUGUGGACCCCUCCCACCCCAUUGGUUGUAUUGACAAGUCGUUGUCUUUCUGAAAGAGUAGUUCUUAACGCCGUCGUCUCUCGUUGUUUCAAGGGAAUACCUUUUUAUAGUACCUCAGUAACAGAUAUUGAAUGUACGUUCAAACCCUUUUCUUUUUUGUACAGCUUUUGUAGAGACCACUUUGCUAUUCCUGACCAGAAGGGUUGUGAAAAUUGUAACAAUGACGAUGAUAAAUAAGAACCCCACUCAAUAACCGAAUUGACCAAACAACUUUUUAGGAUUUGUCUGCAGUUUCUCCCCCCCCCCACU